AUGACGUCCAACAGUGCAAAGUGUUUCAAUUCAUUAACUAAAAAGUAUCGGUUAUUGCCCAUAGUAUACUUGAUUGAACAUGUUAGAGGAAUGCUUCAAUCGUGGUUCUACGAACGAAGGAAUUACUGGGCAUCUCGAACAACAUUGCACUCUGACUAUUGUGAAACCCAAUUGGCAAGUGAGGUCGAUAAGGGCAGACGAUAUCGGGUUGAACCUAUUGAUUGUUAUCGAGUCCACGUGCGAGAUAAUCAAUUAGACGGUAUUAUGAAUCUUCACACGAAGGAAUGCAUGUGUAAGGAAUUCGACUCACUUGGUAUCCCGUGUUGGCAUGUAAUUGUGGUCGCCAAGGAACGAAACAUACUCAUUCAGAGUCCUUGCAGUCGAUUUUAUACAAUGGACUCUCUAAUGACUAGGUAUGUGGAGCCUAUAAAUCCAUUUGGGCAUAUAUCUAAAUGGAAGAGAGCUCCUGGAUAUGUAGAAAAGACUAUCCUUCCUCCAAAGUUUGUGGCACAAGUCGGGCGACGAAGAGUGAGAAGAAUACCAUCCAGAGNAAUCCACUUGGCCACAUAUCUGAAUGGAAAAGACCUCCUGGAUAUGUAG